AUGAAAGCAGCUCAAAGUCAACAAAAGAGUUGUGCCGAUAAGCAUACAAAAGAUAUUGAAUUUGAAGUUGGUGACAAGGUCUUUCUUAAAGUUGCUCCAAUGAAGGGAGUUAUGAGAUUUGGACAGAAAGGAAAGCUCAGUCCUAGGUAUAUAAGGCCUUUUGAGAUUUUGAAAAGAGUAGGAAAACUUGCUUAUGAGUUAGCUCUUCCACCACCAUUGUCUAGUAUUCAUGAUACAUUUCAUGUUUCUAUGCUCCGUAAGUAUAUAGCUGAUCCAUCUCAUGUUUUGAAGUAUGAAGCUUUGGAGCUGAAACCAAAUUUGUCAUACGAAGAAAAACCAGUUCAGAUUCUUGAUAGAAGACAUAAGUAA